AUGAAGUCGAUCGCGGUGUUUCUCUUGGGAACUAUCGCGGCUUCCCAAGCCGUGGAGAUCGCGCAAAAGGGCUACCAUGCUCUCAUCAUGGAAAAUACUAAAUCCGUGACUGUGAUGCCGCCGAUUCAGGUCAGCGGACAAGCUUGUUCGUUCGAUUUGACGUGGGAACACGCAUCCGGUCGGGAAGACGACCCACCUUUCACCAUCGACGACAAGGAACCGUCAGAGCCCAAAAUCAUUCCUACCAAGGAGCCAAACUGUGAGCUCCAGAGGUACUAUCGACUACAGCUCCUGGCUUACGACUGCGAACCAGGGAAAGCCGUCGGAAAUGCCACAGUUCAUAUCACCGUAGAGGACGAGAACGAGUUUGAGCCCGAGUUCACGGAGGGCGCUUACCAGGCUACCGCUAGAGAAAAUCACAUGCACAUCUCUCCGCCCAUUCUACAGGUCACCGCACGAGACAAGGACUGCACCCCGAAGAAAUCCGACAUCUGCAAGUACGAAAUCGUGUCUACGGACGAUGACAAGGCCGCGCCUUUCCAAAUCGACGCAGAAGGGAACAUCCGCAACACGCGACCUCUGGUUUACGAGGACAGUCACAACUACAUCUUCGAGGUCGUGGCCUACGACUGCUCGAUGAAAACGAGCAAACCCGUGUCGGUGUCCAUCACGGUGCAGAAGGAAUGCCACAUGCAGUGGAGCUCCAUCGCUCAGCAGAUCGACUACACCGGCGGCUCAGUGUCGCUUUAUGGAAAUGCUCAGCUGGACACCUGCCCGUCCGACUGUGAAAUCGACGAGAUUUUCUCCAAGAUUCAACUGGACACGAAACACAUCGGCAAAGGUUGCGACCGAGACACCUACUCGGUUCGGAGCCAGAGGAAGCUAUGCAACGCUAACACUAGCGCAGUGGGUAAUUUUGGAAGUCUGACGACCCUCCUCGGAAUGGACGCUAGCCAAGUGUCGAAGAGCGGUGCCUCUUCCAAGGCCCCCACCCAGGACAAAGGCAAUGAGAACUCACCUAUCUAUUUCUUCGAUGGGAAAACCAACGCUCUCCUCCUUCCUCGGGACACUUUCCAUCAGACCAAGACCAUGGCCGUCCAAUUCUGGAUGAAGCAUGAACAGAACAUGGACAAGAAGGCCAAGGAGCACAUCGUGUGCACUUCGGAUUCCCACAAGAUGAAUCGUCAUCACUUCUCAGUCUUUCUGCACAACUGCCAUCUGGUCCUGCUCGUCCGCCAACACAACUCCUACUAUCACAAGCUCUUCCCAGCCGAGUUCAGAUGGCGAGUCUCUGAGGUGUGCGAUUUCGAAUGGCAUCACUACACCAUCAAUCUCGAUGGGGACCAAGCUACGCUGUACAUCGAUGGCAAAGCAGCUCCCACCGCCGACAUUGUCGAUGACUGGCCCAUCCACAAGAACAUUCACGUAGGCAACGAGACGACCACUGUCGUUGGUGCCUGCUGGCAAGCAAAGCAAUCCCACAUGGCGAUGCAUUUCAAAGGAUAUCUCUCGGAUCUCGUUGUCCUGAACAACGCCACUGAGCAGGAGCAGGUACUCAAGUGCAUGUACCAAUGCAAGGAGAGCUUGGUUCGCGCGAACGGUGACAACGAGGAGCCCUUAUCUGACGUCGAGACACUUUCGGGAGAUUCGGUGGAGUCGAUUGAGCGCCAAAUUGCUCGUAUCAACUAUAAAAACAACCGUCAUAACCCAACACCCGGUAAUCGCAUGGUUCACCUUUACACUCAUGUCAAGUGCACUAAUGGUCAGAGCAAGAAGCUGCCGAUGGUUGAGACCAUUAUCGCUGUCAAGAACAAUGAUGCUCCCGAGGAGCCCAAGAUCCAGAUCAGCAGCGAGGAACACAACAUCGCCAAGGAAUACGGACCCAUCAAGGAGGGCGUCGACAUUUUCGAAACCAUCAAUAUCAAGGUGCAGCCCGGAGAGAACAUCGACUCGUGCACGAUUCAGGUUUUCCCAGCCUUGAACCCUGACCACGAAACCCUUCAAGUGCCCGAGUACGUACUCGACAAGAUGGGCCUGACCAAGGACGACACCACUUCUCAGCAGAACCAACAGCAGAUCAAACUGCGAGGCCCCGCUUCGUCCGAGAAUUUCCAGAAGGUUAUUUCUGGAAUCUCCUAUUACAACAAGAAACCCGCUUACUAUCUCAACCGGGCUUUCAAACUUCAAUGUUAUGAGAUGGGCACCAGAUUCGCGUCGAAUGAGUACAUUCAAACGCUCACUGUAAUCCAUCCUUCGUCCGUAAUCUCGUCGAACAACCCGGUCGCCGCGAAGCUAACCCAAAACGCCCAGUCUCAUCCCGCGCCGAAACACCAUGCCCAGCAUCAGAGGAUGAACAUCAAGGAGAAGCACUCCAACAGCUCAUCGAUCGGUAUCGCUACCGUUGUUGUCGCUGGACUUGUUGGAACCGUGCUCGUCUUGCUCGGUGUCAUGCGUCGACGAAGAGAGAAGGCAACAGCUGCCGCUGGGCAACUUCAAUGGGACGACUCCGCUCUGACCAUAACUGUUAACCCUCUGAGUUCAGAGGAUUGGGAACAAUGCAAUGGAUGCGUCGACAACGCCGACGACUCCAGCGGCGAUUCAUCCUGCGCCGAGAGCGACGAUAGCGAUGACGAGGGGAAGCAUGCCAACUAAAAUCGAGAAUCAAAAUUCUUUAAUUGGAUAGGGGUUGGUACGGUAGUGAUUCGAAGAAACAAGCUAAUGAUUCCAUCUAGCGAACUUUGUAAAAUUGAUUACUUACACACGGGC